AUGAGAUCCAGAGAUCUACUCCUAUGGUAUGAAAAGGAGCUUGAAAGAGUGAAACUCCCGGAAGCUUUGGAAUGGGACAUGUGGGGUGCUCUUUUCUAUGUGGGAACAAUUUUUACCACUAUAGGUUAUGGUAACAUUGUCCCAAGAACAGUUAUGGGACGAGCUCUGUCGGUGGUUUACGCUAUAAUAGGUGGGUACCAUUUAUGA